AUGAAAGUCACAGCACUCUGGGUCUACCCCGUCAAGGGACUCCGUGCCAUCCCACUCACAUCAGCAACCCUCACCCCGCAGGGCAUAGCCCAUGACCGCACGUUUGUGCUCUGCCGCCGCAAGGAAGACGGCUCGCUCGACAAGCUCCAGCUCGCAGGACAUCCCGAGUGCGCCCUCUUUGGACAGGAGAUUGUCGACGGGACGAUCCGCGUCCGCUACCAUGCGCCAGAGACGCCCAUCGUCCCCCGCAGUCCGCUGCACGACGAGACGCUGGCGAUCCCGCUGACGCCUGACACGGCGGGUCUGGACAUGGAGGAUGUGAAUGUGCACAUGAGCAUGGUGCGCGCGUACAAGAUGGGAUCCAAGUACGAUGAGUGGUUCACCGCCUGCUUCGGCUUCGACACGGUGCUGCUCUACAUUGGCGACCAGAAACGGCCCAUCCUGGGCACCUUUUCGCCCAAAGCCGCUAAGCCGCAGAAGGGAUGGCUGUCGUCGGUCACGAGCUAUGUCACCGGGUCCAAUCGAGAAGAAGAAAAAGAAGGAGAAGACUGGCUCACCUUUACUGACUGCGCGCCGUACCUCAUCGCCACCGAAGCAUCCCUCCGGAACGUCAGGACGCGCCUAGAGUCUGGCGAGGUGGACAUGGUCAAGUUCCGGCCCAACAUUGUCGUCGACGGGGAGACGCAGUGGGACGAGGACUACUGGUCGGAGCUCAGUCUGAACGGCGGCGCUGGGUUCACGCUGUCCAAGCUCUGCGGACGCUGCACGUCUGUCAACGUGGACUAUGACACAGGCCGCCCUGCCGCAGGCGAGUCGGGGACCGUUCUCAAGAAGCUCAUGGCUGAUCGUCGCGUGGAUGAGGGGCACAAGUACUCGCCUGUUUUUGGGCGGUAUGCGUUUCUGACCGAUGGCGUGCACUCAAGCAGCAUCUCCCUGGGUGAUGAGGUCGGUGUCACAAAGAGGAGCGAGCAGAGACCUGUGUGGGAUUGGCCGAUGAAAGAUCCUGCGGCGGCCCGCUUCUACGAGCAACGUGUUUAG